AUGGCGAAGUCCAGCGGCGAUAGAGGGCGGGGCGGACGGAGGGGACGAGGGCGCGGUACAUUGAGCAAGGGCAAGGGUGGUCGUGGCAGUGGCAGCAGCUCACAGCAGCGCUACCAGCAGACCCAACAGCACCACCCUGCAAGGAUCAGUGUCAAGCCCCCAAGCUUCUUGGGGUUUCGAGGCCCUUCGGACCGCUUCGUAGAGGAGUCGCACCCGCAAUUCCAGGAGAUAGUGAGCAAGUGUUUCGCGGGUUUUCAUGUCGAGGCGGCAGAGGCCUUCGAUGCUAAGGUGCACGAGGAGGCUCGGCAGGCGUUCGAUGGCCUCGAGGAAGGGGGCGUUUUCAGGGCGGACGUCACGCAGCCCUUCGGUCUCGGCACCAAGUGCGCCGUGACGUACGUGACGAGGACCCUCGCGGGCGACCCCGGAACCACGUACAAGUACCUCGGGUUGAGGAUGUUCAGUCACCCGUGGACGACGACGGCAAAGGAGGCCGAUUCCGACGGGGGACACGGGUCCGGCGUCCCCUCGGCCCUGCGGCGGGUUGGCCUCCUGAACAACAAGCUGAAGGAACGCUCGCUGAGGCUGCUGAGAGCCCGGGGCGGUAGAAAGGGAAAGGCGCGGCGGGAGGGGGGUGAGGGCAAUGAGUUCGGGAGCUGCGAGUUCAACGUAGCGCUCAUCAACCGCAUGGAGCCUUCCGAUGACCGGCCAGAUCUGAAGCUGGAGCCUACGUUCGGGCAGGACCGAUGCUCCGUCUCGUGGCACGCGGACUCCUGCCUGGAGCACUACUCGAGCAUUGCGGUCUACCACGUGACCGACCCGGAGGCGAAGAAUAAAAACGCCGACGCCGACGGGGGUGAUGGAAGCCCUGCCGUCCCCGCUGACUGGAGGAUCGCGCUGAGGGUGGAGCCUGACGCAGAGGGACCGUCGGCGGGAAAGCUCAAGCUAGCGGCGACUGAAGACAAGUCGAGCAGGGUCGACCGAGCGCCCGCGGUAGCGGUGGCGCUACCGUCAAGGUCGGCCUACUUUCUACUGGACGACUUCAACCACCACCACCAGCACGCCGUCUUGGCGGGGCAAUCGCACCGGUGGUCUAGCACCCACAGGGUAGCCAAGAAGCAGGGGCACAGUUUCGACUACAUCUCGGGAAGGUGUAGAACCGUUCUCGGGGACGGGCACCGGAGGACCCUGAAACAGUGGAAGACGGAGCAGCUUACCCUCGCCGAGCUGGAAUUCGAGUGGAUUCGACAGUUUUAUGUUCAGGGUCGUGCCCACCACGCCCUCCACUCCUGGUGGCACGGGCCCCUGCAGGAGCUGCUCCGGUUCUGGUCUCUCCUUGAGGCCAAGACGGCGGUUGUGGUGAACACCCUGCAGGGGGCAGCGGAGUCGCGGUUUGAUCAUCACCAGCAGCAGCAAUCAGGCGGGAGCGUUGUCGAGGCAGCGGGAGCGGGCGCGGACGACAAGCGAGAGAAGAAGGCCCGCCAGAAGCGGGCCAAGCAGAGGCAGGCCGUGGAAAGCCUCGGGGGGCGAGAUGCCUACUCGGCCAUCGCCGACGCGUUGGGGGACCGGGCGGAGAAGCGGAGGCAGUGGGCGGAGCGAGAAAAGGACAAGGCCCUGAGCGCUCUGGCCGACGCGGUGCUAGAGUGGGGGAAGAUAUUCUCCGGGGAAGAUGGUGUUCGAGGCGGUGGAAUUGUGGUGGCGGAGGAGGCGGGGGUGGGCGGUGGUGGACGAAGAGUCUCCGGUGGCUGCGGUGAGAACGAGAGCGGAGGAACCGGCGAGAAACCGGCAGGGGUGGCGGACUCCGGCGCCGGCGGCGUUGACAAUGGCCCAGACGGUCAAGAACCCUGCGAGAGCAGCACCAGCGGCGGCAGCAGCCUUCCUUCGCCGCUGGUAACCUCCCCAGCCGGCACCGAGAGCGCCCGUCACGCUCCUCCCACCCCCUGGGAGACCGGGCGCUUUGCGCUGGAGAUGCAAGCGCCUUGGUCCCGCCGUCUCCUCGACGGGGAGAAGACGGUCGAGACGCGGGGAUACCCGCUCCCGGAGGGCCUGGUCGGCCGCUCGAUCGAGGUCCUCGAGUCCGGGCGGGGCCGGGACGGGGUUUCCGGCGUCGGUGACGUCGUGGAGGCGUUCUCUGCCGGGCUUUCGGUCGUCGGGCGCGUGGUGUUCGGCGGCACGGAGGCGUACCCGAGCCGGGAGGCGUGGGCGGCGGACGCGGAGCGGCACCUGGUGCCGGUGCCGGCGGAGGAGGAAGGGUCCGAGAGCGGUAAGGGGUACGGGUGGAAGGGUCCCGGGAGCGUGCACGCCUGGAGGGUGGCGAGCGUCGAGGCGUACCCGAAGCCCCGGGCCGUUAGGAGGAUGGGGCGCGUCUUCCGCUCGCUGUUUUUGGUGGAGCAGCCCAAGGGGAAGCAACCCACUGGCGGUGGCGGUGGCGGCGGUGGCGGCGGCGGGGGCAACGGCGCGAACCCGGACGGAAGCGUAGGCGUCGGGGCUGCGGACGGUCGCCCUGAGAUUGGCGGUGACGAAGGCAAGAGAAAGAGGAAGCCGAAGAAGAAGCGGAAACGGAAGGGCCCCCCGGCCGGCGAGGUCCUUGGGGCCGCAGAUGCGGCACCAGGGACUGCUGUUAGCGAGAAGGGCAACCCUCUUUCUGCCUCUUCGGCUGCUGUUGAAACUCCGAAUGCCACCGCUGCUGCUGCACCUACCGCUGUGUCCCCCACGGGGGGGGCAAAGGGAGCAAGUGCCGAAAAGCCCAAGACGAAACGGCCCAGGCACGCGGCCAACGGUCAACAAGGAACCGUUUCUAAGGAAGGCAACGUGUUCGAUGGGCCGGCGAGUGGGGGGGAGGAAUCACUCUCGAACGGUAGCGGAUCCGUCCAAGACGGUGGCGGGGUCGGCGGUGACGGGGGGGGCGGUGGCAUCGGGGUAGAAGAUAGCAAGGAGAGUGGUUGUGGGGAGAAGGGAACGAGAAGAAGGGCUGGUAAAGGUUCGGAGCAGCAGAAGGGACUGACGCGGAAAGGCGGGGAGGAAGAAGUGGGGGACGAAGGGGUCGUUGCUCUUGCUGCCGCGGCUGCGGCGGCACGAAGCGCCGGGGGCGGGUUUGAUGUGGUGGUUGGUGAUGGGUGGGGCGCAGUAGACGCUCCUGCCGUGAAGCCGGGGGACGGAGAAAUGCGCAAGAGGCACAAGAGGAAAAAGAAGCGAUACUGACUUGCGGUCGGAAGCACAAUUGUUGGGAAAGGAGGGACGUGCAAUGACUCCUGCUGAGAGAUUUGUAACGAGUUUCGAACUACUUGAGUGGUGCUUGCUAUGUUGUGUUUGGGCAUCUUGGCGUUAUUGCUUCUACCGCGGAGGAUUUGACCGUCCGCUUGUUGACGGCUAUGAAUGGCAAUGCGCCGACUCUUUACCUCUGUAGUCUUGGUUGAGGCCGGGGUUCUCUCAGUAGUUACUCUUGUGAGCUAAGGACGGUACCCAAGUUCUUAUGUUCGAUACACUGUUGAGCAUGAAGUUCGGGCCCGCCAAGUUCGUGUUGUAAGUGUGGGCGAUAGCUUCAUUCCGCAAGAAUGCGGGUCUUGACACGGAUCGGCUACUGUACGUCGCACAGGCCGGGGUGUUGGCACAGGCCGUGCGGAAAAAAUCGGGUUCC